AUGAAAGAAGCUCAGCUGAAUGCAUUUUUCAAACCUGGCGAAUUCACAAAAUCCUGCACUCUGUCUGUGUCUGGAGCCCUUGAGUUUGAGCAAGGAAGCCUUGACAAGGAGAAAAAGGAAGAAAAAGCAGACAAGGAAGACGACAAGAAAGCCGACAAGAAAGCCGACAAGAAAACCGACAAGACAGCCGACGAGGCGGAGGAAGAAGAGGACAAGCCUAAGAAAGCGACUUUGAAAAUCAAUGGCCAGCUAUCCAGAAAGGACUAUCACUUCGAUGCCAAAGUCGGAGACCUGAAGCUUGACUCGAUAUUGAAGAUCUAUGCUCAGAUUAGCGGUGCACGACCAUCCAAAGAGGUCAAAGAACAUGAUUUUGCCUUUGAAGAGUUGCAUCUUAAUAUAAGCCGCAAGCUAAAGAAGAAAGAGAAAGAAGAGAAAGAAGACAAAAAAGAGACACCCGAGGAGAAGGAGGCAAAGAAAGAAGAGAAAGCAGAAAAACUAGGGGCCAUAGAGGAAACCGAGAAAGGGAAAAAGGAUCAAGCAACGAAGAAGGUUGCGAAGAAGGAAAAGGCUGGAUGGUCCUUUGAGUUAUCUGGCAAAGUGAGCUUCAACGAUGUCAAGAGUGUCAAAGGGUUAGUCAAGAUUGACAACACUGGCUUGACAAUUGAAGGUGGAGUUGAAGACUAUAAGAUCAAAGAUACCGAUGUCAACAUCACAGAGGCUAGCAUUGAUAUCUUCAUCGGAGCGAAACCAGACCCUGCCAAAACGAAACCCGAGGGAUCCAAACCCAGACUAACAGACGGAACCGCAGAACACAAGGCCAUCGAUAAACCCACCGAAAUUGCCAGUCGUACCGACAAAUUAGAGCCCAAGAAUACCGCCACGAAGGAUGUUGAUAAGGGAAAAGUGGCCGUCUUCAACCGAGCGAGCAAAUUCUCCAUCAAGGGCAAAGUCGAGUUCAGUGGAUUGACAGUGACAGUCAUGUUCCUCACUGAGCGAAAGGAGACCAAUCUCAAGUCGAAGAAAGUCUCUGAACGAGAAUGGGUCUUGUUUGGAGUUAUUGAUGGAGAUCUGCGCCUAUCAAAGAUUUGCACGGAGCUUGCGGGGACAGAUAUUGGCAAUAUCCAACUCAGAAACAUUGCAUUGAUUGCGGCAUCUGGAGAGAUCAAGACGGUGAAGGAUUUGAACACGCUCAAGUAUCCGGUCAAGAAAGGUGAGUGA